CUGCUGCAGCUGGACCUCUACGGCCUGUUGGGGGUCGGCGAGAAGGCGUCGGAGAAGGAGGUUAAGAAAGCAUACCGUCAGAAGGCCCUGACUUGUCACCCAGAUAAGAACCCGGACAAUCCCAGAGCAGCGGAAGUCUUCCACCAACUGUCUCAGGCCUUAGCUGUGCUAACAGAUGCAGCAGCAAGGGCGGCGUAUGACAAAGUGAGAAAGGCUAAGAAGCAAGCUGCAGAAAGGACACAAAAACUUGAUGAGAAGCGAAAGAAAGUAAAGCUUGAUCUUGAAGCCAGAGAACGAGAAGCCCAGGCCCAUGAGAGUGAAGAGGAAGAGAUCAGGAUAACGAGAUCAUUAGAACAAGAAAUAAUACGCCUGCGUGAAGAAGGCUCCCGUCAGCUUGAGGAGCAGCAGAUACUCAUUCAAGAACAGAUCCGUCUUGAAAGAGAACAGCACAUCCAAGGCAAGCAAGAAGGAACUGGAGCAGAAGGCAAAAUAACUCCCAAACUGAAACUAAAAUGGAAAUGCAGGAAAGAAGAUGAGACGAGAGGGGGAUACUCAAAAGACGUUCUAUUGCGGAUCCUACAAAAGUAUGGCGAUGUGCUCAAUUUGUUGAUCUCAAGCAGGAAGACUGGGAGUGCAGUUGUGGAAUUUGCUACAGUUAAGGCUGCUGAGAUGGCUGUGAAGAAUGAAGUUGGCCUAAUAAAUAAUCCUCUAAAGAUUUCCUGGCUGGAGGGCCAGCCCCGGAACAAUCCCAGCACUGUCCUUUCUGACAGCACUAGUCAGCCUAGGACUUCACAGGCAUCAGUGGUAUCAGAACGGGAUUACGAGAGCCUGGUGAUGAUGCGGAUGCGCCAAGCAGCAGAGAGGCAGCAGCUUAUUGAACAGCUCAAGCGGGAAGAUGAGGAAGAGUCUCACACCUAGCCUGAGAGUAUGGAUUCUCCCCAUCCCAUCAUUCUUCAUUUCCAAAGCUGUUUCUUAAAUUAAGUCAAUAAACCUCCUUUUUU